CAGUGAACUCCAGUGAACUCAUUGUCAUGUUCAAGAAACCAGUUUGAGAUGAUGUAAGAUUUGUAACAUGGUGCAUUAUGCUUCUGGAAGUAGUCAUCAGAAGAUUUGUACACUGUGGUCAUAUCAGCAACGAAACUCAGGAGUGGCACCUGGUGUGGUCCUCUGCUGCUGUAGCCCAUCUACUUAAAGGUUCAACGUGUUGUACACUCAGUGAUGCAGUACCAGAUGAGUGUUCUGUAGAAAACGUGGGGCUCCAUGUUGGAGUGCUGCACUGAUGAUUUGAACACAGUUUUAGCCCUCCAGUUGCUCUGGUUUCUGAAAGCUGGCAGUUGGGUGGCUUUUGACCGUGUUAGGAGAAAUUCACUGCGCUGAAAGCUGAGGAAUUUCAAAUAUGACGGUGGCCAAUGCAAAGUCUGGUACAGCCAUGCAGCAGGUACUCGACAACCUGAAGGACCUGCCAUCAGGCACGGGAGCCAAAGAUAUAGACCUGAUUUUCCUCAGAGGCAUCAUGGAGAGCCCCAUCGUCCGCUCCCUUGCAAAGGCCCAUGAGCGCCUAGAAGAAGUGAAGUUGCAGGCUGUGCGGGAUGAUAACGUUCAGCUGGUUACAGAGAUCCUGGAUUCCCUCAAUAACCUGCCACAAAAGGAUGCUGCCUCUACAGAGCUCGCCAGAAUCCUUCAGGAGCCUCACUUUAAGUCUUUGAUAGAGGCUCACGACAAAGUGGCUGCAAAGUGCUAUGAAAUGCCCAACACCUCAGUGAACAGUGAUGCCUUGUUGAAGAGUUCCCUCAUGCCUGCUGAUGCUGUGCGGAUGAUAGGCAUUCAGAAGAAGGCAGGCGAACCACUGGGGGUGACGUUCCGUGUGGAGCAGGGAGAGAUGGUGAUUGCACGGAUCCUGCACGGCAGCUCAAUUGACAGGCAGGGCAUGCUGCACACGGGGGACAUAAUCCGCGAGGUGAACGGUCGUGAGGUUGGUAGCAACCCCGGUGAACUCCAGGAGCUGCUGAGGGACUGCAGCGGGAGUGUCACACUCAAGGUCCUGCCAAGCUACAGAGACACGCCGGCACCUCCACGGAUUUAUCUAAAGCCACACUUCAACUAUAAUCCAGCCACAGACAACUUGAUCCCCUGUAAAGACGCCGGCCUUGCCUUUUCCAAGGGAGAAAUACUUCAUGUAGUCAACAAGGAGGACCCAAACUGGUGGCAGGCAUGCAAAGUUGUUGGUGGAGCCACUGGUCUCAUUCCUAGCCAGUUCCUGGAGGAGAAGAGGAAAGCUUUUGUCAGAAAAGACUUGGAUAAUUCUGGUUCAGGUAUGCUCUGUGGAACAAGAACUGCAAAGAAAAAAAAGAAGAAGAUGAUGUACCUUACAUCAAAGAAUGCAGAAUUUGACCGUUAUGAGCUGCAGAUCUACGAGGAGGUUGCUAAGAUGCCUCCUUUCCAGAGGAAAACACUGAUUCUGAUUGGAGCUCAGGGAGUUGGGAGGCGGAGCCUGAAGAACAGACUCAUCGUUGUGAACCCUUUCCGAUAUGGAACCACUGUACCCUUCACUUCACGUCCUCCGAGAGAAGAGGAGAGAGACGGGCAGAACUACUGCUUUGUGACGCGGGAGGUGAUGGAGAAAGACAUCAAGGAGAGCCGUUACCUGGAGCAUGGCGAGUAUGACGGGAACCUUUAUGGCACCAAGAUUGACUCCAUCCAUGAAGUGGUGGAGGCGGGCCGGACCUGCAUCCUGGAUGUCAAUCCUCAGGCCCUCAAAGUGUUGAAGACUGCUGAGUUUAUGCCAUUUGUGGUGUUUAUUGCUGCUCCAGAGCUGGACACACUUAGAGCUAUGCACAAAGCUGUGGUUGAUGCUGGACUAACUACCAAACUACUCACAGAGAAUGAUUUGAAGAAGACCGUGGAUGAGAGUGCCAGGAUCCGCCGGGCGUACAGCCACUAUUUUGACCUCACUAUUGUCAAUGACAAUCUGGACAAGGCCUUUGACACGCUGCAGGAGGCGGUGGAGCGAUUAUUCAUAGAGCCACAGUGGGUCCCAGUUAGCUGGGUCUACUGAUGUUUCACCGGACCGACACCGCUGUCCCGUUGCUCCUGCAGGACGCCUGAAGGGAGGAUUCAACACUGUACUUCACACACGGAAAAGUGUCGGACAUCAGCCCUGUGUGAUUUUGAGUCUUGCACAAAGCUCCGUCAAAGCUAAGUCACCUUGAUCUGAAUUGUCAGAUUUUUAAAAGCACACUAUGCAACACAAAACACACAGGAAGUGUACUUAUUUAUUGGCAAGAGUUUUUUAAAGAGUACGUUCUCUCAUGUGGAUUGGAUGAAAAUACUGGCCCUUAUGUCAGUUUAUUUUAAAAUGCAAUUUUUGUCAUGUCCCGUGUUUCAAUCUGUCUGUAAGAUAGGUAAAGUGUAUUUAUUCUGCAAAUAUGUGGAGGGCUUGCUCAUUGAAAAGAACAAUACCUCAGAGUCACAGUUUACAGUGCAUAUGCCUCCAGUAAUUCAUCUCAUUUUGUCAUUAACAUACAAGCUUUCAUUUCAAUCUAUAAACUCAUUCAUAUAGAAUAGUGUCAUAAUAUUGACUUCUUUCUCCUCAUGGCUUUAUUAACGCCCCGGCAUCGUUGCAGUUCAACCUCAUUAAUGGGAAAUGGCCAGUUACAGCUAACUGUUGUACAGAAGAAAAAGUCAUAGUUUAGAGUUAACCCAUUAUCUCCGUCUCACUUAAGCACAUUAAAUGACAUUUAUAAUGUUAUUUGUCAGACAUUAGAAUCCUGUGAGUGUUUCUGACUGUUCAACCCGCUGUGGUGCUGCGUUUGUGUUUGGGAAAAUAAAAAAACUUUCCACAGGACUCUAAAACAGGGUACUGCAUCUCAGUGAACCAUCCCUUUUUGAUGUGAUAAAACUAAGACUUAACUGUUUUAAAGAGUUGACUUAAUAAAGAUAUAUUUUAAAAGAUGUAUUUUCAAAUGUCAAAUAAAUAACUGGUGUUUUCUAAUGAUCUCCUAUGGACUUGAUUUGUUUUAAUCACGGAUGUGUCGUAUGUGAUUGCAGACUGGUGAGAAAGUCAACCAUAGGGAAAAUUUUUACUUUUUAAAACCAUGGAGAAAACAAAACAUAACAGAUACAGACAAAAGGUACAGAGUUAAACGUAACCAACUUUGUUUCCCAGAUUCCUAAAAUACAAAACCAGGAAGAAACCCCCAGGAUUAAAGGCACACCAAAACCUAAAGACACAUAUUUACAGCAUGAACAGUUAAAGUCAAGUUUUUCCAAAAUGAGGUUUGUGGUUUGAAUACUUAAAAGCUGCAAAGGUCAGUUUCUUUGCAGGCACUUUUGGUUUUGUGUCAAAACACAAGUAACAACAGAAUAUUUGGUUUUACAGAAAAUGUUUGAUAAUUACUGGCUUGAGAGUUGGCUUUAAACUUUGGUCCCUACACUAAAUUAUAGGGUGUGUUUUUUUUUUAAUGUAGAAGGCCUUGUUCAGGUUCAAGACUUUGACAAUUACAAGAAAAUUACAUUUAAAAAAAUCACAUGUAUUAAAAACAAAGAUGCCUUUGUAUCUUCUCUGGCAUCUUUUUGUGCCAAAGUUAUCAAGUCUGAUGUAGGUCAAAUUUGGUCCAAUUUUAACACUUAAGCCAAAAACUAUUCAGUUCUGCAUUUAUCUAGUACAGUGCUUCAGAAAAAUGCGGGCCCCGAAGGGACUGUAGGUGGGCCAGGAUACUUCAUUUACAAAAACUAAUAUUUAAAUAAAAAUCAAGUUGUGUUUUAAGUGACCAUAAAAUACUUGAUUGCAUUAUUUGAGUGUUGUUAGGUUAACUAGUGACACUAUUAUACAUUCUACUAUGCCACUUGCUUCAUGAUUUUAAAAAUUUAUCAGUGUCUUCAUAGAUAUUAAUGAUACCAGGGAAGAGUUUGCUGGUCCACAAUGUACAUUUACAGAGAAGAAUUUCAGAAAAGAAAACAAACACUUUCUGAGUAGUGUCAAUGUCUCUGAAAACAAAGCAUUCAUGCUGAAAUUCUCUGUUCACAAGAUAUUUUCUUCAGUUAUCAAGAAGCUGCUUGAGGCAUAAAGGCAAGAUGAUGGGGAAAAUAUGAAAUUCAUCUCAAACUCUAAGACUGUCAUUAAAUAUCUUUUUCUGUCUGGGACCCAAAGUGUUCAUUUGAGUAUUGAAGGUUAAAAACAAACUAAACAGAAAUUACUUGAAUGUUACACAAGCAAAAAUUAAUCUUAAUUAACAUUUGACAGCUUGUCUGUUGUUGCAGCCCAACAGUGUUUUAAACGAAGAUUAGGGGGCACAGAUGGCCUACUGCAGUGGUUCUCAACUGGUGGGUCGGGACCCAAAAGUGGGAUGCGGAGCUGUUUUCAGUGGGUCGCAACUAGGUGCCUGAAUAAAAAAGUGGCAAAAGUU